AUGAGGAUCCCCCUGCGCUCUCUCAUCUUCUCUCUCUUCGCAUUCACAGCUGCGGCAUCUGAAAACAUUUAUGUAUGGCCAAAGCCCAUCUCUGUAAAAUGGGGAAAUGAGACCCAAUUCAUGAUUCCAUUAUCUUCGACCUUCCAAAUCUCGUUUCCCAAUCAUACAAGCCUUGCAAACGCAGUCUCCCGCUACAAACAGAUCAUCUCGGAAAAGCCUUGGUAUCCCAUCCACUCACCCGACGCUGCACCAUCCACGCCCGUUUCUUCGACCCCGUUAAAACAGCUCAAUGUGCUGGUCCGCGAUCUCAACGCCGACCUCCAGCACGGGGUCGACGAGUCAUACAAUCUCACCGUUCCCUCUGACGGAACGCCCGCCACUUUAUCGGCUCAGACGGCAUGGGGAGCCAUUUGGGGCUUGGAGACCUUCUCACAGCUGAUCCGCCUCUACAACGCCACUUCCUCUUAUCCUCUCCUCAUCCCGGGGCCUUUGAUGAUCGUGGACUACCCGCUAUUCCCACACAGAGGAAUUACGCUUGACACAAGCAGGAACUUUUAUACUGUGGGAGAAAUUCUGAGGACCAUUAGCGCCAUGAGCUACAACAAAAUUAAUGUGUUCCACUGGCACAUAACCGACUCGCAUUCUUUUCCGCUAGAGUUGCCUUCGGAGCCGACCCUGGCGCAGAAAGGAUCGUACCCUGGCAUGACAUAUACAAAUCAAGAUGUGCGUGCAAUAAUCGAAUAUGGGCGAGACCAUGGCGUCCGUGUCAUCCCGGAGAUUGACGCUCCAGGGCAUACCUUGUCAUGGGCCAAGGCCUAUCCAGAGAUCAUGACAUGCGCAAACACAUUCUGGUGGAAGCCCGGCAGCCUUUGGGAGGAGCGAACAGCGGCAGAGCCUGGAUCCGGCCAUCUCAAUCCUCUCCACCCCAACACAUACAUAGUAGUCAAAAACGUCGUAAAUGACGUAGCUUCCAUGUUUCCUGAUCAUUUCUACCACGGAGGCAACGACGAAAUCAUUCCCGGCUGUUGGGAGGAGAACCUCGAUAUUCAAAGCUUCCAAGCUCAGGGAGGAGACCUCAGCGAACUGCUCGAGAAAUUCGUCAACACAACCCACCCUUACAUUACUGCCCACAACAAGACUGUAAUCUAUUGGGAGGAUGUGCUACUGGACGCAACAAUAAAGGUAAGACCGGAUCUUCUUCCCAAAGAAACCACCAUUCUUCAGACCUGGAACAACGGCCCGAAUAAUACAAAGCGCAUUACUGCAGCGGGCUUCCGGGCCAUUGUUUCGUCGGCAGAUUUCUACUAUUUAGACUGCGGCCAUGGGGACUUCGCUGGCAAUGACAGCCGCUAUGAUAAGCAGAUUGGCGAUGAUCCAGGGAAUCCAUUCAACUAUGCGGGAGGCAAUGGCGGGUCGUGGUGUGGGCCCUUCAAGACUUGGCAACGAGUUUAUGACUACGAUAUCACUUAUGGGCUGAGUGAGGAGGAAGCAAAGCUUGUUUUAGGUGGAGAGGUUGUCCUGUGGUCUGAACAGGCUGAUGGGACUGUUUUAGAUACUUGGCUUUGGCCCAGAGCUUCUGCCAUGGCGGAGACACUGUGGUCGGGGAAUAGAGAUUCAAGUGGGAAAAAGAGAUAUGCAGAGGCCAUAGAGAGAUUGAACCAGUGGAGAUUUCGGAUGGUGAGUAGGGGAAUUAAUGCAGAGCCUCUGCAGCCAUUGUGGUGUCUCAUUAAUCCUGGAAUGUGUAACUUGAAUCAAUAA